AUGGAGAAGCUGCCACGUCAGACAGAAGCAAAUAUGCUAAAAUUUUGGACCUCUCGUUCUCCCACAGUUUUCAGAGCCGUCUCUCUCAAAACACAACCACACGCAGCACAACCAUCUCAUUUUCUCACUCUUCAAACAAGUUCCAGUGGAGUAAGCAAUUUGCAGGGCAAAGGAAUGGCUUCAACUUCAGCACUUUCAAUGUCUCUUCCUCUAACUCAAGCCGCCCAGAAGAGGGUGGUGCCCACGUCCGAGGCACUGUUCAAGGCACCGUUACCUCUGCGAGCUUCAAAGGGUGUGGCAGUGUCCAAACCCAAUGGAAGGUUUGAGGUGAGGGCAUCCAUGAAAGAGAAAGUUGUCACGGGUUUGACUGCAGCUGCAUUGACUGCUUCCAUGAUGGUGCCGGACGUGGCUGAAGCCGCCGUUACGCCUUCUCUCAAGAAUUUCUUGCUCAGCAUCGCUGCUGGCGGAGUUGUGGCUGUAGCGAUUGUCGGUGCCGUCAUUGGUGUUGCCAACUUCGAUCCCGUCAAGCGAAGCUGA